AUGGCUCUUACAGGAAGAAUUCCCCCCGAGUUCGGAAACCUCACAUUUCUUGUAUCCCUUGACUUGCAAAGCAACAAUUUCUAUGGAAAUUUGCCUAAAGAAAUGGCACAUUUGCGUCGACUAAGGUUUGUUAGACUUAGUUUUAACAACUUCAGCGGAGAGAUCCCAGAAGAGCUUGGCCAACUUCAAAACCUAAAACUUUUGGCAAUAGAAUCUAAUCAACUUACAGGUUCUAUACCAUUCUCGAUCUUCAACAUCUCUGGAAUUGAAGUCAUUGCAUUAACAGAUAAUACCUUAUCAGGAAAUCUUCCUGCUGGUAUGUGUGGCUGUCUUCCAAUGCUCAAAGAGCUUCAAUUAAGUGAAAACAAGCUACAUGAUCAUAUGCCUCUAAGCUUGUCAAACUGCUCAAAGCUUCAAAUAUUGUCUUUAUUGGUAAACGAGUUUGAUGGACCCAUACAUAGAGAAAUUGGACAUCUAAGUAACCUGCAGUUUUUGUAUCUCGGAAAAAACCAUUUCGAAGGGACAAUUCCACAAGAAAUUGGGAUUCUUGGUAAUUUGGUGGAAUUAGGGCUAGAGAUAAACCAGCUUACAGGUUGUAUCCCAAUCUCCAUAUUCAAUAUCUCCUCGUUGCGGAUGUUGUUACUAGAAUUGAACAAUCUCAUUGGAUCCUUGCCAAGGGAGGUUGGCAACUUGACCAAAUUGAAGAGGCUAAUUCUUAGUGAAAAUAUGCUUACAGGUGAAAUACUGAAAGAGGUAAGCAAUCUCAUUGAGUUGGUUGAAAUUUAUCUGGGUUUCAACAAGUUUACUGGUUCAUUUCCAAGGGAGAUCUUCAACAUAUCAGGGAUGAGAUUGAUUGAACUUUGA